UGGUGUGAGCGUACGGCGGAGGAGAAAGUUGAGAGACUCUUGUCCCCACGUCUCCAGCUGGAAGUCAGCUGCACUGAGGUUUAUCAGUACAACACCCAAGGCUGGAGACUAGAUGUGGACAGGAUGCGAGUCAUUCACGGGGGCGACGACGGCAUUGCGCUGUACUACAAAAAACAGGGUCCCAGAGCAUCCUGCUUCCUGUACAAACCUCCAGAGAUUGAGAGCCAAACACUGAACAAGACGGAGAUGACAUGCUGUGAAGGCUGGGGCGGCACGCACUGCUCUGAAGGUGGGAAAAAAAACCAACUUCCAAAUCCUCAGAGUAACUGUGUAUUUUGAUUCAUUUGCUUAUUGUAAAUCGUUGUCACGCCGUUGCUCUCUCCUCCCACAGCGGCAGAUGUGCGCGGUCAGUGUUUCUCCACUUGGAGUUGCGCAGAAUUCCCGGGGAUUCACAACUCCUCCCUCAUGUCCAUGGAGCAGUGCUGCCGCAGCCUGUGGGGACUGACAUGGAGGAACGCCUUGGAUCAAACCUGCAUGUCUUGCACAUAUACCCUCCUUCCUGGUUGGAAAAUAUGUUUUUUUACACUAAACACACAGAUAACUUCACUGCCUUUUUUUAGUCUAAACUAGGGGUGUCAAACAUAUGGCUCGCUAGGGGUGUUCAAUUUGGCCCGC